UUUAAAAAUUAAAGCUUAAUUUUUAAUUUAUUUGACCAAGGUAACUAGAAUUAAUAAAAAAUGCCAGUUUUUCCUGUAUAUGCAUCAUUUACAUCUGAUAUUCCUAAAGGUAUAGUUGUUAAACCUGAAACCACGCUUUCAUAGUUUCUUGAAAAAGCUAAUGCUAAGUUGAACACAAGUGCUACUAUUGUUUGUACACGUGAGCGAAUGGAAAUUGACGAAGAUAAGAUGCUCCAUGAAUUGGAUUCUAAUACACAACUUAUUUUAUGUAGUUCUUUAGAUGAAUUCGUUCCACAUGUUAUUCAGGAUCAGACUUCUCCUGAAUCAGUCCAUGAUCCCAAUACUUCUACUCCUGCAUUAUUGCAAGUUCAAGAUCUGAACGAAGCUUGUACCUCUAGACCACAAUCUUAUAUGGCACUUCUAUUUGAUGACAGUGUAAUGGAGGCUGAAAAUACAAGCAACAUAUCAAUAAAUUCACCACCAUUGACUUCAAAGUAUAUUUCUUUAACCCAAUCAUCUAAAAAAACAUCAAGAUUGAGUGUUUAUCGUAAGAGGCUAACCUUGGAGCUUCCUGAUUUAUCUGCUCAAUUUAUUGAAAAUCAACCUAACCUAGUCAAUUUCACAUCCUCCACAAGGUUGCAGAUUGUAGAUCAGCUUUUUUUGUCAAUUUGCAAAACCACAUUGUAUCCUUAUCCCGAGGAUCUGAGGGCAAUAGUGAAUAAAAAACUUCUACAGUAUCCAACCCUCAUAGACAUAAAUGGAGAUGGCUCAAUGUGGAUUAAGUGUUUAACGAACAAGUUUAAGAACUUUAGAAGAAACUUAGUGCCAACAAAAAAAGCUUUUCAGUGCAAUGGAAAAAGAUAGAUGUUUUUAAGCUUCUGGAUCAUACUUUUAAAAUACCUCACUCUAUUGAUGUCAACAUCUGAAGCCUUACAACAGUAUACCUUUCAAUAAUAUCUAACUCAAUAUUAUAUCAUGUGUAAAAAUGUGCAUUUGAAUACAAUUAAAAUGUAUCAUUUCUCAGAAAAAUUUAAAAGUGCUUAUUUAAAUUUUUCUAAAAAUGGCAUGUAAUUUUUCAAUGCUUUGAUUCAGACAUUGAAGAUUUGUUAUCAAAACAACAGUUUAAAAAUCAAUCAUCUUCAACAAUUACAACACAAACUAAUUUGCGUGGUUUUGAAAACUAUAUCAAUUUGAUACUGCAUAUUUGUACAAAGAUAUCAUGAGUGUCUUGUUCCAGCAAUAAAGUCGUAUAUGAAAGAUUUGAAAAGCUUCAUCAACUUACAACAACAGACUCUAGAUUCCAAUAUUAGGCUAAAUUUAGAUCUAAAAGGUUGUGACAAAACCCUGGAGAUUUUAUCAAAAAAAAAUGUGUUUUGAGUUUUUAUUGUAAAUGUGUUACUAUUGAAAAAGUUUAUCAAAUUGCAUUUGCAU